AUGCACAAGCGCACAAAGAUAAAGAUUGCCAUCUUCGUGCUGCUAGUGGGUAUGGCUUGCAUGUUCACGGCGGUGGUGACGGACUACUGGGCAGUGCUCAGCCCGCGGGUGGAGAAAGUCAAUGGGACCUGCGAGGCGGCCCACUUCGGCCUGUGGAGACUGUGCAAAAAGUACAUCUACAUUAGCUCGGAAAACUACAAGGACGGGCAUGGCUGCGGACCCAUCAGCCUGCCUGGAGAGGAAAACUGCACUUACUUCAGACACUUCACUCCAGGACAGGAUGCUGAGAUAUUUGAAUAUAAAACACAGAAAGAGUACAACAUCUCGGCUGCAGCCAUCUCCAUCUUCAGUCUGGCCUUCAUGAUCCUGGGCUCUCUGUGUUUGGCGGGGUCGUGUACCGGUAAGGGCAAAGGAAGAGAUUACCUCCUCAAACCUGCAGGCAUGUUCUUCGCAUUUGCAGGUCUCUGUGCCUUCAUCUCGCUGGAGGUGAUGCGUCAAUCAGUGAAGCGCAUGAUCGAAAGCGAGGAUACGAUCUGGAUCGAGUACUUCUACUCCUGGUCCUUCGCUUGUGCCUGCACAGGCUUCGUCCUCCUCUUCCUCACUGGCAUCGCCCUGCUUCUCCUCUCCAUGCCCCAGAUGCCAAGAAAUCCAUGGGAGACUUGCAUGGAUGCCGAGCCGGAGCAAGUCGAGUGAUAGCUAGACAGACAGGAUGGACCAUAGUGAUGAUGGGAAAUUUACCUCCCUGUAAUUAUACAGUCACUUGAAUAUGGGGCUUUUGAUGGCAUUUCAAAUGUUUGCCUUAUCCAUUAUGUGCACAGAGAAUGUAAAAUGUAGAACUCCUCUUAUAAAAAUCCUUCGCCAUGUUGGAGACCAGAGCUUAAAUCUAACAGGGGUCUUAAAAUAACACCAUACUUCUCAGAAACCUGGUCCAAAUACCAUUUGCAAUUAUUUGUAAGCACUUUUAUGGUGUUUCCGUUUUUCUCUACACUUGUAACUUACUGCUGGCAUGUUUAAAAAGAAAUGCUAAAAAUUACAUGGUCGCCCAUAAAGUUGGAAUGAUUUUGUUUUCCGACACAAUCCUCUGAUAAUAGUGGUUUCAUUUUCAUUGUGAUAUGUUUGGAAGAUAUUGAUUCAUAAAGUUUUGAGAAGAUAAACUCUUUAUCUGUCAAGAAUAAAUCAAUCAUUUAAUGGA